AUGUUACCACGUUUCCGGUUCUGCGAAGUCGCAACUUCUGGUGCAUUCAACGUCAUCAAGCAACUGCUCAUCACUAUGACCUGCGCCUACACUUGGACGGAGCAAGAUCGGGAACACCUCGCUGUGGAAACACCGUUGCAUCAUCUGAGAGACGCUGUCAGAGAAGGUCCUGAAGGCCACCCAGGCAGCGGCAAAGGCACCUGCAGAUACACUAUCCAAGAAGGGGGUCGUGAGGAGACUCCGGAGCAUGACGACGAGCAGGGUUCUGGGGCGUUCGACGAGGAGAAACUUCGAUGGGCACUGUCCCAAAUCAACAACGGCCAACGGCACGCAUUUCACUUUGUUCUUCAUAGUGGCAGGAAGCUGGGCGGUCGUUUGCCGAAAUAUGUACUUCCUCAUAGGGUGCAGUGUAAUCUGACCCUGGCUCUGAGCCAGGUGUCCGACAUCGGAGGCAAGUUCCGGAUAUUUCAGUCGGUCGGCUCUCGGCCUAGCCGAGUUCGGUCUGCCAGGCAUGGCAGGCUUGCCGGCAUUCGGCCUUGGUCCAAUUCAUACAUGUACUUGAUGCCUGUUGCCCGUCCUUUCAAUCAGUCCACAUCUCACAUCUUACCACCAUCUCCGUCAUCAUCUUCAUCAACAACGAUGAUGUUCCCUGCUGUGCGAGCUACUACGGGACGACAUGCUCUUUUGAGUGUUAGAGGCAGCAUCCCCUUAUCCCGGGCACUGCGCCCUCUCAGCACCGCCGUCAACCCGUCUGGAGACAACUUCGUGAGAAUCGUAGAGGUUGCACCCCGUGACGGACUACAGAACAUUCCUCCCCCGGCCAUUCCUACCGCAGUCAAGAAGGAACUGGUGGAACGACUUCUCAACUGUGGUCUCCGAACUGUCGAGGUGGGCAGUUUCGUCCGUCCGGACCGCGUUCCCCAAAUGGCAGACACGCCGCAGCUCCUUCCCUCACUUCCAUCUCUGAAUGCGAAGGUCGAGGGUGAGCCGAUUCACUACCCUGUUCUGGUCCCGAACAUGAGGGGUUUGGAGGGGCUUCUCGCCUUGGAGGAGAAGGAGCAAUCGUCUCGCAGCGGCGUGCCGCUUACGAACGAGGUGGCGGUGUUUGUUUCAGCUACAGAGCCCUUCUCCAUGGCAAACAACAACGCUACCGUUGAGAAGGUCCUGAGCGGUCUGCCGAAUGUCAUCGAGAAAGCCACCGCCAACGGCUACCGAGUUCGUGGUUAUGUGUCCUGCGUUAUGACGGAUCCGUAUGCCGGACCUACCGCUCCCGAGGAUGUUGUAAAGGUCGCGCAAAGGCUUCUCGAUAUGGGAUGUUACGAGGUCUCCCUGGGGGACACGACCGGCGAGGGAAAUCCGAAGGCUUGGGUUUCCUUGUGGCAAGCCCUCAUCGAUGCUGGAGUUCCUGUGGAGAAAAUGGCCGCUCAUUGCCAUGACACCUUUUCCAUGGCCCUUCCCAGCAUUCUUGCGCUUCUUCCGCUGGGACUGCGCAUCGUUGACUCUUCUCUUGCUGGUCUUGGAGGUUGUCCCUACUCCCCAGGUGCUACCGGCAAUGUCGCGACCGAGGACGUCGUGUAUGCUCUGCACAAGCUCGGAUUCCAGACUGGUGUAGAUCUCGACAAGCUCGUGGAAUCCGGCAACUGGCUCAGUGAGACCAUUGAAGUUAAGAACGAGAGCAAAGUGGGUCGCGCCAUCGGUGCCCGUCAAGCUUUGCGCAAGGCCAAGGCGGCCAAGAUGUAG